AGCACGGCAGAAAUUCUAGAAAAGCUCCGAGACGCCGGAUUUGACGAGCGUCAGCACAUCACGAUGUGGAAGACUGAGGCGCAGCGUCAAGAAAAGGAGACGGAGAAGCUUCAGAAGAAGCCCCGAUACGUUGUCCCCUGUUCAGACUUUCUAUGAGACAGGCAGCUUUUCUUUUUGUACGCCAGCAAAUUCUUUUGCUGGUCAUUCUCUUGUAGCUUUGCUUCUAAACUAGAUGAGUGGUUCAUGUUUGAGUUAAUUGAUGUCCCAUCCCUUGCUGUUCAUAGUCGUUCGUUGUGGCGUACGAUUUUACAAAAACGCUGCGUCGUGG